AAAUCAUUCUUCGUACAAAGUUUUAUGAGCGAAAAGUUUAAAAAAUUUAAAUAUAAAUAGAAUUUCAAUUCAAUGACUUGUCGACUCUUCAUUAAUUUUUUUCAUAUAGGAAAAAAAAUCAAAUCGUCACUUUUCAACUGUUAAUAUGGCUCAAUACUACAGAAUACCAUUGAAAAAAAAUGAACCAUCUUCCAAAUAUUCAUGGGAAGAAAAAUUAAUAAUUCACAAGAACAUUGCAAGAAGCAAGUAUGGUAGACUUGUUGAAAAAGAACCGUUAAAAGACGUAGCUACGGAACCAGUAACCGAUUAUGAUAAUGAUAUCGGAUAUUACGGUCCAGCAAUUCUUGGUGGUCAAAAGUUUCAACUUCUUUUUGAUACUGGUAGCGCAGACUUAUGGGUCCCCAAAGUAUCCUACAACAAUGGAACAAAAACCAAACAUAGCACAUUUGAUCCAGAAAAAUCAGAUACUUUUAAAACCGACAAUAAAUCAUUUUCAAUUACUUAUGGUACAGGACAUACUUCAGGUGUGGCUGCAACUGAUACAUUUGAAUUUGCUGGUUUUUCCAUCAAAGAUCAAGCUUUCGGUCUCGCUGACACCGUUUCUGAUGAUUUUACGAACGCUCCAUUUGACGGAAUUCUUGGUAUGGCUUUUGAUCAGUUAAGCGAGCUACAAGCCCCAACCCCAUUUCAAAAUUUAAUUAAUAACCAUAGUGUCUCAUCAUCUGUGUUUGGCUUCGUACUUGGCCGUGCAGAGGAUGGCACUAACGGCAACAGUGAGCUUACAAUUGGUGGAGUUGAUCCAAAAUUUUCAAAUAACAUUAAAUAUAACAAGGUUGUUAACAGACGAGGAUUCUGGCAGAUUGCUUUAGGUGGUGCGCAAGUAAACGAUAAAACAGUAGAUGUAAAAGGAGGUGAAGCUAUUAUUGACACUGGUACAACUCUUGUUAUCAUUCCUCCUGAGGAUGCUGAUGCUAUUCAUAAUGCAAUUCCCGGUGCGAAAAAACAAGGUCAAAAUUACUUAAUUCCAACCAAUUCUAAAGCCGUAGUAGCUUUUACUUUUGGAGGAGUAACCUAUAAUAUUAAUCCUGCAGACAUGACCGUUGAUGAUGUAGGAAAUGGUCUAAGUGUUUCGGGCAUCCAAGGCGAAAAUAUGCCUGGUAUGGAAAAUACAUGGUUGGUCGGUGAUGUGUUCCUUAAGAACGUAUUUAAUGCUUAUGAUGUCAAUAAAUCGGCUGUGGGAUUUGCUCCAUUGGAAUAGAAGAUUAAUUUAGUUAGUUGUUUUAUCCGAAUAUACGUAUAUUAUAAAUUUUUUUUUUUCUGUAAAUUAAACGAAUUAUAUGUAUGAAGUAUAAUUUUUAUAAAUAAAUGGUAUUUUAAAUUUUAAAUAAUAAAGCGUACUACUAACCAAAAAAAGUGCGUCAACGAUAUAAAA